AUGUGUAAUGACGUUUGGUACACUUGUUGUAACAGUGCAACGCAGUUGGCGGUGCUCGGAAGUAAGGCUGUAAUUACUCAACACCUGCGUUUACAACUUCAUUAUGGUUCCUCCAAGGAACUCUCCCUCUUCGCUCUCCAAUGUGUUGGCCUCCAGGGCCAGCAACGCAAAGCCCACAGCUCGCCUCGCGUGCCUGCCCUAAGCGACGUGACCAUGGCAUCCAAUCUCUCCGCCCUCACCUUCGCUAGCGAUGCCACCACUGCCUCCAUGCACGACCCCAACGUGUACGAGAAAACGUCAUAUUAUAACGGCAUCACUGGGGACAGUGACCACCCGGACCUCGUCUACCGGUUGGACUUCCUCACUACGCCCUUCCCUAAGCCCGUAGGCAGACACGCCUCUCUCCCCGUCAAGUCCCUCCGCGGGGUCUUCGAUACCCCGCUCAAUCGUGUCUGGGACGCUGUCAGCCCCCAGAUUCGUGACCUGAUCAAGGCUCGGAAGAUCAACUGGUCGGUCUACCUCCGCCGAUACCGCCCACGAGAGAUCCUUACCCUUCUGCGUAAAAACGGAGUCGACAAUGUUGUUGUGGAAUGGCGCGAGGCGGUUCUGCAGAGGCUCGCGGGUCCACCCCUUAUGUGCCAUGUCGACAGCAGCAACGCCACCCAUUAUGUCCGUCGCUUCCUUACUGCUCUUCUCGGCGUUCCCCUUUCGACCAAAGAAAUGGAGGAUUCCCAGGGUACUCUUACACUUUGGUUCCAUGAAAACAAAGACAAGGACGGCAACCCCAGCAAUAAGGUUUACGGAAUCAGUAACUGCCAUGUCCUGCACAAGAACACCACUGUUGAUUAUGAGCACAGAGGCGGCGCACCCAUGGACCACGUUCGAGUGUGUGGAAUGCGUCGAUUCCAGCAUGGCCUGGAUGAGAUCAUGAAGGCCAUUGCUGAUCGCGUCAUUCUCGCUGACCUUUGGACCCGAGAUAUUGUUACAUUGCAGGCAAAGGAGAGGCAGGACAUGGAGGACGCGAAAGCCGUCAGGGCGAAGCAACGCCAAUUGGAAGACGAGACCGAAGCUAUCGCCGAUCUCGAGGCUUUCCACGACAAGGUCACGAAAUUCUGGGCCAACAUCAAGCUCCACCGCAACAUUGGGCACGUUCAAUAUGCUGCAGCCAUCUUGGUCGACGUCGGAGGUGGCACACUAUAUACCUCGGACUGGGCUGCGUUCUUAGCUGCUGAGGCGAAGGUCAGUGACGAAUUCGAGGGCAACGUUGUUGAUCUCGAGCUUGACAGCGAAGGCCAGCGCUGCCUUAUAGUCGGCAAAGACGGCAACAGUACUGAUCUCACCGUCGGACGCUACGCCGGCCUAGUUUCAUUUAUUCUGAACGAAGUUGGCAUCGAGUCCGUCGAGCUUGGUAUCUACAACUCAGGCGACAAGACUACCAAAGUCUUCUCCGCUAAAGGAGACUCCGGCUCCCUCAUCUGGCACACGAUGAACGGUAAAGCUCGUGUGGUUGGCCAACUCCAUUCUGGGCACAACAAGGGCGGCUCGACUAGCAAUCAUGUUACGUACUGCACACCUGGCUGGUACCUCCUGGGCCAGAUCAAGACGAGGUUCAAGCAUGCCGACUUCUACCACACCACCUGGUCAGCUUAA